AUGUCGCGCUUGCCGCCGCGGCCGGUCCACCACACCGCCGGCGCCGGGUCCAAGCCAGCCGGGGCCGCCGUGUGCGUGUCCGCCUCGUCCACCGCACCGUCCCAAUCCCAGCCCGUGGACCACGCGCGGCGCACGGGGAAAGGAAAAUCCCAAACAGCAAGCGUGGCCAGCCACUCGUCCCCCUCCUGUCGUCUCCUCCUCGUCGUCGCGCCAAUGGACGCGGCCGUCGCGCUCCCGCUCCCCGCCACCCUCCAGCCGCCCCACCACCACCACCUCGCGCUCCCGCUCAGGCGCCACUCCUCCUAGGCCGCCGCCGCGCCGCCCAAGGCUCCCGCUCCCGCCGCCCCGCGCCUGAGUCUCGCCGCGCGGCCCCUGUCGCCGGCGCGCUCGGCGUCGUCACCGGCGCUCGCCCCGCCCGCCCGCUCCGCCAGCUCCAGCCGCGCCGCCACGGGGUACGCGGCCGCGCUGGCCGACGCGUGCGCGCGCGCGGGCACGCUGCGCGGGGCCGCGCGCGAUGCGCGGGCGCUCCUGUCCCGCCGGCACGGAGCAAGUUCCGAGGAGGAGGAGCUGGACGCGCGGGUGGCGGCGCUGGUGAGGAUGCUCGUCGGCAAGGGCAAGGCCGGGAUGGUCGCCGAGGCCUUGGCCGAGUUCGCCGCCAUCUGCGACCACCUGCUGCCGCCGCCGCCGCCGCCCGCGCGCCACGCCUACUAGUUAGUAGUCCACGCGUGUCUGUCUCCUACUCUGCUGCUGUAGUAUAGUAGUAUGUUCUUCAGAAACAUCGGCUGUAGUAUAGUAUGCUCGUUCAUGCUUGGACUCUUGCUCUGGUGCUGCAUCUUUGUAAGGACUGGGUGAUGUAUAAUUGCCAUUGAUUAUCAUAUGGAAACUCUUGCUCCCUGGGGUACAAUAUUGUAGCA